UGCACUCAGGGUAAAUAAACUCGCACUCGUUUGCUAACACGGCUGCAUUUUUCACACCGGUGUAAGGUGGUUGCAACGUGCUCUGCUCAAUCAGCCAUGGCUUCAGACGAACCAAAAGCAAAGAAACUCAAACUUUCAGAGGAGGAGAAGACGGAGUCUCCGACCAAAAAGUCUCCAGCGAAACUAAGCCCUAAUUCACUCUUUGGGAUGGGAAACCCCUUACUGGACAUCUGUGCUGUGGUGGACAAGGACUUCUUGGACAAGUAUACCUUGAAGCCCAACGAUCAGAUCCUGGCAGAAGACAAACACAAAGCGCUAUUUGAGGAGAUAGUAAAGAAAUUCAAAGUCGAGUACCACGCUGGAGGAGCCACACAGAACUCCAUAAAGAUUGCUCAGUGGAUGAUCCAAGAACCCCAUAACGUGGGAACAUUCUUUGGCUGCAUUGGCAAAGACAAGUUUGGAGAGAUCCUGAAGCAGAAGGCCAAGGAAGCCCACAUCGAUGCCCACUACUACGAGCAAGAUAAAGAGCCCACAGGGACAUGUGCCGCUUGUAUCACCGGAGAUAACAGGUCUCUGGUUGCUAACCUAGCUGCUGCUAACUGUUAUAAGAAAGAUAAACAUCUAGACCUGGAAGAAAACUGGAAGCUGGUGGAAAAAGCUAAAGUCUACUAUAUUGCUGGAUUCUUCUUGACUGUCUCUCUGGAGUCCAUCCUGAAAGUGGCGAAGCACGCAUCCGAAAAUAACAAGCUGUUCUGCCUGAACCUCUCUGCACCCUUCAUCUGCCAGUUCUUCAAGGACAACCUCAUGCAGGUCAUGCCCUACGUUGAUGUGCUGUUCGGCAAUGAGACGGAGGCAGCUGCGUUCGCUAAAGAGCAAAAUUUCGAUACGAAGGACAUUAAGGAAAUUGCCAAAAAGGCCCAGGCUUUGCCCAAAGAAAACAAAAAGAGACAGAGGAUUGUCGUGUUGACUCAAGGAAAGAGUGAAACGGCUAUGGCCACAGGUGACAAAGUCGAGACUUUCCCUGUGCUGAAGAUUGAUCCCAAGGACAUUGUGGACACAAACGGUGCAGGUGAUGCCUUUGUAGGAGGUUUCCUGUCUGAGCUGGUCCAGGAGAAACCGCUGGAUCAGUGCGUGAAGGCGGCUCACUACGCUGCCAACGUCAUCAUCAGACGAGCAGGUUGCACCUUCCCAGAGAAGCCCGACUUCAACUGAGGACUUCUGUACAACUUUUUCUUCAGCCUGAAACCUCAUAACCCACCCUGCCUCUACACAACUCUGACCCAUAAUUUCCACUGUUUUCUACAAAUUCUACCUUCAAUUCUUGUAGCCCCAUCAGCAACCCGUCCAUGUUAUUUUUCAAACCAUUCACACGUCAUCUCUCACAAAUUGUUCAUUGGGUACUUUCUGACGUGUGUGCCUGUCUCUGUGUCGUCCACUUGGGGCCGCUAGAGGACCAUGCAGCCAAUAGGUUCAGGGGGGUCAGUCAGUUUAAAUAUAAAUGAUACCGAUAAGGAGUCAUAAUAACACCACAGGAUGGAAUAAUUUUACUUUACAAAAGGAUCUUAAUUGGAAAUCUUGUUUUCAUGGAUAGUUGGUAUGAUUUUUUUUUUUGGAUUGUUUUUAAAUAUUUUUUUUGGCUCUGUCACUGUCGGCAUCUGGAUGCACCAAUACACAUCAGACUGCUGCGAGCACUCGUGUUGACAUCUCACAAGUCUGAUGUUUCUUCCCCUCGGAGAUAGAAUCAAAGCACAGGAGGCUAAUUCCACGACGGGAGGACGCAUACACAAACAAAGGACUAAAGAAUAAGAUAUCACUGUCAAGGGAGGGUUUGGAUACUGCAUUGAAAUAUGCAGGAAUGAUUUAUUUUAAGCUUUUGUUUUAAUCUGUUCUGAUUAUGAGUCAUGUAUUUAGAUUUAAUUUAACAGGCCAGUUAUGAAACCAAAUGUUUUUCCUUUAAGCGCACACUUUUUGGCUGGACCGCAGGGCUCAGCCCUAUAAACGUGAAAGUCUGUUACAGAGUCACUGAUGGAGUGAUAAAGUUACACCAUUGAGUGAUGAAGUCACACGAUUGGUCAACUGAGUGAUGAUGUUACACUAUUGAGUGAUGAAGCUACACCAUUGGUCAGUCUUCAAUGAUGUAGCUUCAUCAGUCCCCUCAGCCAGGUGUCUCCAUGUGUCGCCACUUCCUGUAUCUGUUAUUUUAGAUUAAAAGCCCUCUAGCGGUCCAGCCAUAUACUGGGUUUUGACUUAGGUUUAUUAAAUGUGUUCAGGCCUCUGCCCACCAAGUCCUGUGAUCACCAUUAAUGGUCAGCUUCACCGUGUCGAUGAUGUUACCAUGUCUGACGUCCAACAGUUUAUUUGAGCUGCUAGUGCCUUUUUUCUUUCUCUACAAAUGUUACAAAGUUUGAAGACUUGAUGAGCAGAGGCCUACAGGUUUAUGAACCCACAUUUGUCUGCGCUGAGAAACUUGCAAGCUAGACUACUGAUGGGCAACUGGUGGCUCAUGGGCAUGUAGACAGACACACGACACCUCUAAAAUGCAUGUACACCAACUGGUAUUGUUGGAAAUACAUGACUAUUUUUUAAUGUUCUCUGUCAGGAAUACAGUGAGGAUUAUUGCUGACCUUUUCUGUGAUUUUGUUUGUAACCCAACAUCAGGAUUGUCAGCUGUGCUAAAUCAGAUAUAAAUGGACCAUGUUUGUUUAUGUUACAUUCAUUUUAUUUAAACAAUUUCCCCUAAUCAGAUUUUAAUAUUUUUGUUGAGCGGUGCUGGCAACAGCUACUAAUUGAAAAGACAAAUUAAAUGGGAGGGAGGGGACAAAAACAUGAACUAAAUUCAGGUCCAAGAAUGUGCAUCUGCACAUUUCCUACACUCAUGAUAUUGGGUUUAACAUUUCAAACUAUCUGUAUAUACAUUACUGUGUUAAAUUGUGGUCAGCACAUGAUUCAAUACUUGAAUACAACUAUCCUGAAUAUAGGAGUGUCCUUAAAAUGUUACAAUAAUGGACAAGAAAUACAUGUGGAUAUCUGAGGAUUACAAGAGAUGUUUUGAAACUUGCAAAUCUACCAUAAUGCAUAUUGUCCCUCCAUUAAAUAGUCUGUUUUUUGUAUGUUCAGAUACACCAAAAAGCCUUAUGUGACCUUUUCCUUCUGGUCCCAGAAUCACUGAAGUUGCCCAUCUCUGUGCUAGACCAUGAUGUCUAACACUGACAAAUAAAACUUACAAGGUUGA